UAAUGAAUGGUAAAGACAAAAAUAUUGUGAAUUUAGACACAGUUUUCUAUCGAUAUUUAUACAUGUCCAUAACCGCGUAAUGAGAACCGAAAAUAUGAUAUGCAAAUGUUACUUAAACUAAUUUUGAUGUACAAUAUUUACUUCGGAUGCGUAAUUUAUGAAGUAUUAAAUUUUCCAAAGUCUUGCACUGACAGAGCAUUUGCUAUUAAUGUAUCGAAUUAUGAGUAUAAUAUUGGAUUGAUUAUAGAUUCGAAUGAUGAAACUAAAAGGUGCAGUAAUGCCACGUUAUUCAAAGAAUAUUAGCUGUAUUGUUACUUGUUACACAUACAUUACAAAACAUUCAUUAUAAUACAAAUCUAUUAAUCUCUUUAUUUCUUCAUGAAUAUGAAGAAUGCCAUUAAAUACAUACCGCGGCGAAGAAUAUAUUUUUUUUCGUUGUUUUUAUAAUAAAUCUUAAGAAAGAUUGAUUAGUUUAUUCAAUAGUUUGACAUAUUUCAGCAAUGAAAGACGCUUUUAUUCAGACAUUUAUUCGCAAUUGUGUCAUCGUUCCAUUCAGCGAUUCACAACGAACAAACCCAAGCGUUAUUGGAAAAAUACAAAGAGAAAUUUCUAUCUGUACUUUCAAACGAGUGCUGAUAUAAUCUAUCGGCGAAAGUUGCUUGGUUACGAGCAAGACUUUUUCGAAAUGCACCCUAUAAAAUACAGCAAAUCUAAAAGAAUACCUCAUGAAAUUACUCAAAUGAGAGUAUCGGGGGAUUUGACAAAGAAGAAACGUGAUGCAAAGGAAACCUUCUCGAACGAUGAAAAUAUAGAUUGGGCAGCCUGGGACAAUUGGAGCAUUUGGAGUGCAUGCAGUGUAUCUUGUGGGCAAGGACGACAGGUCCGUUGGCGUCAUUGUUUGUCCGCAGAUUGCACUAAAGGUCUCAAGAAGGCACAGUUGAAAAGCUGCCAUUUGAAGGAUUGCGGUACCAAAGGCAUCCUCGGCUGGCUCGGGUUAAAAUCGUGAUCCGUUUGCGACUUGCGAAAGUAAUCGACAAAGUCUUCUUGACAUCAUUAUGUGGAAAGUACUAAGCGGUCUCGAGAACGCACAAACAAAAAAGUCCUUACUUUGUAAACUAUUACAGAGAGAGUUUAUUUCCGGAUAUUACUCUUUCCUGGAAUAAAAUUAUCUUGAUCUAAUAACAAGAAGAAUACAAGAAUGCAAGCACGGAUGUUGAGCCACGGAUUAUUUUCCUUAAUGUUUUUAUAAGAUUGCACUGUAACGACAAAAAUUUGAAAAAUAGAUUUAAAG